AUGUCUUAUCCGCCGCUCACAGCCUACGGAGGAACCUACGAUGCGCAACAAGGAAACAUGAACAAUUCCUACAGCACUGAAAGACGUGCGAGCGCAAACAAUCGAUAUGCCACACAAGCGUCCUAUCCGGGGGAUGUUCCGCAACAACAGUACAACACCUCCGGCUACGAUUGGGCUGGUCAUCAACAGCAGAACUAUCCGAACAGCGCAAGCCAACGAACAACCUAUAACGGAGACGCCUGGGAUAACGGAAGGUCACAAGUCGCCUCCCGCGACGACCGGAUACAGCAGGGCCAGUAUUCAGCGCAGGCUGCGGCGGUUGAUGAAGGCAGCGGGCACAAUUAUUACAAUGCCGCGUCCUCAAACAUGGCAGGGCAGAACAACUCGGGUCUGAAUAAUCUGGCAUAUGCAUCGGGUUUGGACGACGCAGCUUUACAGCGGCACGGGCAUCGCCAGCAACACUCAACCGCGGCGUCUAAUUUGGCUUCAUCUUCAACUACCCUAAAUCGCAUACAAUCCCCCGUCACAACGCACAGUUCAUCUCGUUAUGACAGUCGGCCUCCAAACUACGGCUAUCAAAAUGAUCUCUCAUCUCAAAAUCAACAGAACUCGUUAUUAGGAGCAGCAACGUCUUUAGCUGGGAAUGUCGGCGCCCGCUUUCAGCACGCAACAGCUGCGCUGACGGGGCGCUCAUCGGCUUCGCCGGCGAUGGAGAAAUCCGCCUCGAUGCAACAAUCGGCUUCACAGCGAUCGGCCUCACCCUACUAUCAGUCGCAGAACCCUACGACGCAAGGCCAGGGUUAUCGGUCCUCUACCACGCCCCAGACGAAUUAUAGGGUGGCUAAUUCGACAGCGUCGACUGCUCAAGAGAAAACGCGACCGGUUGCUAACACUGGUUCGCACAGAAAGGGCCCGAGUCUGGAGCUAUCGCAACGAAAUGCGCAACAGCAACCUCAGUUAGUAAACAGUAUUUCUAAUCUCGUCACACCAGUGGAGGCGCCGGCUCAAGGUCAAUAUUCGGCGACGCUUGAGCCGCAGUCAAUGCCUGGUUACAUUGAUCCCACCCAGGUGUUCAAUCCCUUUCAUAAAGAGCAUGAAAUGAGACGCAUGCAAGCAGCUGCUCAGGCCGAAGCCGAAGCAAGGCGAAAAAAGGCAGAGGAAGCUGCCGCGAAAAAGAAAGCGGAAGAAGAGGCGUCGGCCACGGCGAAGAAUCGAGAGCAAGUGACGAUUCCUACAGCUACAGUUGCUCCCACAUCCAGUCAAAGCAAUAAAAGGACGAAACAGACGAAACAGACCAAAAAAGCUGCUCAGUCUGCGCAGAAGCGUCCUGACAAUGAAUCUCAUCCAGACAAGCAGUCCGACCCUGUGGACAGCGAAGCGGACAUGGCGGCUGGACUUAAGGCCAUGAUGGAAAAGAUGCAAGAGUUUCGAAGCAAAGAUCCAACCCUUUUCCAAAAGCUCUGGGACGACAUGCGAAAGACUUCAUCUGUUCCGUCGAUACCAGCCCCGUCACAAUCCCCUCAGAUGAGAACUCAGCAGGCUCUUCCACCCACACAAAGUCGGCCUCAACCAUCAACGAUGCCAGCUCCUCUCCAGGCUACUCCGCAGCCAUCUACAACGACAUCCGCCACAAAACCAGCCAGAGUAAAGCCAGAUGCUCUCUCGGUCGCGCCGGUAGGAACGAGGCUCAAUGGGUACAAGGUUGUCGUUGAGAACAAUCCGGAAGGGUUACCUGACUUAGGCCGCUUCCCUGCUGAACGGCGCAUCAGAGAGAAAUACAAUCGCAAGCCUCCGGCAGAGACAGAUACUGCCGGACCGACCAUCGCAAAUCCCAAUUUGGCUGGAAUAGGUGCGAGCUCCAAACAAGGAAGCGCCCCAACUCCAGCUGAACGACAAACUCCAACUCCAGCAAUGCCGUCAGUUGAACAAGUAACUGCCCUCACUCAAGGUCUCCCUCCCAAAGUAAAUAACGAGACGAUAUGGCCCGAAGACAAACGCAAUGCUCUCACAGAAGUAGCUGUCAAAUUUCUCAAGGCCAACCCUGAAAAUGCGGAUAUUGAGAUCAGCCCUCAAGAGAUUCAUCAGAUUCUUGAGCAGAAUCCGAGUUACAUCGAUUUAUGUCUGACACUCGAGAAAAAGGGCCUUAAAUUCCACAGAGGUCAAUUCGCCAGGCAACUCCUGAGCGAUGUACCUCAGCUGAGAGGGCCAUCGAAGACCCCAGCUCCUGUACCGUCACCUUCGCAGCCACCGAUACAGGUACCAGCCCCCGGAGCUUCUGUCGCUACAGGGCAGCCGGCCACUACACCUUCAGGGCUAUUGACGACGAAUUCCUCUGCUCCUACCCCAACCCCGGCUCCUGCGGUACGCCUCAGCAAUGGGGUUCAGGCUGCAAGGAUUCCUGUCUUUCCCGGUCGCCCCUCUGCUCCUCGAUAUUCUCAACUACAACGGCCAAAGCCGACUAGACCCCAUCAACAAGCUCGUCCCGAACCCGCUCCUGGUUCGAAGGAGGCAAUGGCGCGGAAACGCGACUUCUCGGAGUUAGUCGACCUGACUCUCUUAAGCGAUAAUGAGGACUACGUGAUGUCAAAGAAACAGCGAGUUGACAGCCCUUCUCCUGGACCAACAGAUCCGCUCCAGGACUAUCAGGAUCAGAAUCAGGAUGGGCCAUUACCUGCAUAUGCACCUCCGCCUACGGUUCCAUAUAGUGGUCCGGGAUAUCCAGCGCCACUCCGGUUUGAUCCCAGCUUCCCUCAGUACCCGCAAGGAUACGUUCCACUUCCUCACUAUCCAGCACCUCAAAUCCAUCGGUCCCCAGUUGCGCCGCCACCGUCACAUCCGCCGCAGUCACAACGGUCGAUACUUGCUAAACCUAUCAAUAAGCAGGAAGCCUUUCGCAAGACCUACUACAACGCAAAGACCGUAGCGAGGGAUAUUCUGAUUGCUGCUGGUAGGCAUCCGACUGAGCGCCCGCUCAAUGCACAUCUGGCAGGUCUUCUUGGGAAAUAUGUGGAAAUCGAUUCUGAUCUGAGCACGUUUAACUGGGAUGCGAUAGAUCCUAGGGGACCCCCAGUACCCCAGGUUCCUUACGCCGAUGUCCCGACCGAGCCGCCUCGAUAUCGGCUGGGGGAAGUAAGGCGGCGUAAACCGGAUCCGGAAAAGCGCGAGAUGCCCGCACCUGCGCCCGCACCUGCGCCCGCACCUGCGCCUGCGCCAGUGACCGCGACUGCGACAAACAAACACGUCUCCCCUGAAGCAAAAGUCAAUUGGAAGUCACGAGCUGAGCAGGCCUGGUCGAACUCCUCACCAGCGCAAGCGAGUACAAAUUCGCAGAGUGCUCCUGCUCCUCCACGAUCUCACGAGGUCCCGAAGCACACCCCGAAGCCAGUAAUUCCUCAGAAGCGAAGGCAGAGCUUCAUUUCCUCAACCAGCUCUCCGAUCUCAGAGCGAAGGCGGUCGGCUCGAUCUGCAUCUAUUCAAGUACCUUCCACUGUGGAAUCAAAGACCAUGAGCACCGGCUCAUUUUUCCCCAGUGGGAAGAGACGAGGGCGGCCUCCUGGAGCCAAAAACCUGCACCAUGCCUUUGAAGCAACGAAGAAUCCCGCAGUGCAGGAAGUGUCUUCGAUUGAAGUCACUAUACCUUCACCUGCUUCGCCAAGCCUUCCUGUUUUUAGAUGCCGUUGGCGGGGUUGUAAGGCACAUCUUCACAAUCUCGAGACUCUGCGACAUCAUAUCUCAAAAGUCCACCGCCCGGCACCAGAGCAAGUUAAAGACGAAGGCGGCUAUAUCUGCUGGUGGAAGAGGUGCAAAUACCUCGUAGUAGAUGAUGUGGAAGGCUCUGUCCGCCCCUCCGAAAUAUUUGAAAACCCGAAAGACUGGCUCAGACACAUUGAGGAGCAUGUGAAUGAAGUCGCGUCUAAGAUAGGGGAUGGCCCAACAACCAAGAUCAUCGAUCCUCAGACCCUCCUCCGUAACAAAGCCCGCUACCUGUCAGACGAACAGGGCAGAAUCACCACACCUGACGUCUCGGUAAAGUCAGUACAAGACGACUUGGAACCCGACACGAUGACGCUACUGCAGGCCGAACACAACGAUGCAGAGAAACAAGCUCAAAGAAGUUUCAUGAAGACACACCGCAAGGAAAAGAGCAGUCCGAGGGCUGUGGCUGAAGAGACCUUGAAAGCCAUGGCAGCAAGAAAGGCGAAGAUCGGUCCAGGAAUUGACCGUGGCGGGUGUAUCCUGGUAAACGAGGCGAGAAGGGCGACCUUGAUCCAAAACCCAGGGAUUCAGAGGGUCGUCGAUGGGCAUUACUAG